GGCGCCGACCGCCCGGUGAGCCAUCCAUCAUCACUGCUCGGAUCCGAUGGACACGGGCAAUCCUCCUUGACGCUACCGCCGUCUCAGAAAGGCAUCCGAUCUCUCGGCUGUGACCGACGCCUCCUCAUGCUCCAAACGGAUGCAUAGGAACAAGGAACACAACACUUGUGAUGACAGGAUCAGCACCUUACGUACCUGACGACAUGCUAAUCAUGAUCCUUGACAAGCUAGAUGCACGCACAACAAUAAUCACCACCAUCCUUUCCAAGCGAUGGCUGCAUCUUCCUCGUGGGUCGCACACAAGUUAUUUCCUUUCUGUUCAUCAACUCCUCCCUCCACGCUACUACAGGCUGAAACAAAUCCUGAUGGAUGUCAAGGCAGGGUACCAAGCAGACAAGAAGAACACGCAGAAUCUGACUGAUUUUGUUGCUGUCAGAGGUCGGUAUGAGCAGUGGAUGGGGAGGAUCCGUCGCCUCUCAUCCGUCCUGCAACGCUAUGAGCGUCGCGCCAUGCGAUGCUACAUUAAACGGGUGAAUGCAUUUCUUCUGGCUCCCAGGAACGUGCUCCGACGCAGGUCUGUCAAGAAGCUGAGGAUUGAAAGCUUUAGGACGAGUAGCGGUUGCAUUGAUCAAUGGAUUACUGCAGCGAUUGCCGGAUGCGGCGUCGAAGAUUUAGAGCUUGCCUUUGAAGGCUUCGGGUGUCAUCUCUACGACUUCCGGCUUUUGGAUGGAUUAUUGCAGAAUGUGCGGCUGAAGCGGCUUGUGCUAUCACGUUGUUUCCAUCAUUUUGCGUUCAACUCCUUGUUGUUCCACUCACUCACGGAGCUCACGCUGUGCAAGAUUUUGGAUCUUGGAAGCGUUGGCGAUGUUCUAACCAACUGUGUGAAGCUUGUGGACUUCAGGCUCAAGUAUUCUUGUGUCUACUAUCCUGUUUUACGAAUCUGUGCCCCGGCAUCGAAGUUAAAGAGACUACAAGUGGACAACUGCAAAUUAGGGAAAUUUUACCUUAAUGCGCUGCCUUUCCUUGAAACUUUUGCUUGUCGGGGUCAGCCAACCAAAAUAUAUUAUGGUGAGGUGCCUCGACUUAGGCAGUGAUUAUAGAAUGUUGGGCUGUGAAGAUGAUUCCUCUGGUAGCAACAUGACAUAUCCGCUGAGCAAAUUCUUCAAAGGGAUGCCGCUGCUGGAGAAGCUUGUUCUGCAACUGAAAGGACCUCAGGCGAGAGAACCUACCUCAAAAACUCAUUCUGGAAUACCAACUUUACGUCUCUUCUCUACCUACUAAAAGAUCAUUGCAUGUUGGUUUAUGUAGAUGUGGAUUGAGCCAACCGCCAUUCCCAGUGCGUUCAGUCAUCUCAGGAAGCUUUUCAUUGCCAACGUGCCGAUAUAUUGGGACAUACUCUGGAUUUUCAUCCUACUAGAUGCCGCACCUUGUUUGGAGUCGCUCCAUGUUCAUAUUGACAAGAGCUCAGAGAACAUGGGUGCUGGACUAGAUGUGCAAGGGGAAGAGUACCAUCUCCUGAAGGAACUAGUGGUCAUUGGCUUCAACGGUGUUAGUUGGCAGACUUGUUUUGUGAAGCGGAUGAUGAGGGCGUUGCCAAGGCUGAUGCGCAUUCAUCUUCUCGACGGGCAUGUUGUGGAAGAUGACGACCAGGAGCUUGGGAGCCUUGAAAUAGUCCCACAUCGGCGUGAGUGGGAGGAAUGUGAGAAAUUAGAGGUGAUUGAUGAUCUUGUAGAUGGAUUUUCUUUGCACUACUGGGAAAUAAUUUUAGAAUGAGUUGCUGUCUAUGUGGGGACAUACAAGUAUGCUUGCUUAAUUUUUUUUUUAAAAUGUGUACUGUACCUAUAUAGUACGUAUGAUUCACUGUUUUUUGAAUUGACG